GAAAGCAUGUUGGGAAAAAUACAACUCAGAAGGAACGCCAUACGGGACAUGCGAUGCCGCAAAACCAAAACCCUGUGCGAAAAGAGAUGUUAUGUGUGGACAAAUUCAGUGUACAGACAGUGUGCGACAGAAGCCAGAUAUCGAUUACGGCGUGGAAUAUAAGAAGAUACCUCAUCCUUCUGGAGCUCAGUGCAGCGUUGCCCGUCUCAAUUAUGAAAGUGAUUUUCUUGGGUUAGGAAUGGUAAAAGAAGGAACAAAAUGUGGAGACAAUCAGGUUUGUAAGGAGAACAGUUGUCAAGCAAUACAACGAAAGAAGUGCAGAGUCGUUAAAGGAAAAGAAUGUGCAGGACGCGGAGUUUGUACCAACAGUGGCCAAUGCGCCUGUGAGGAUGGCUUUGAUCCCGCAUCGGCUUGUGACAAAGUUGGUACUCCACGUGAUGGCAACUGGGGUUCCUGGUCCGGCUGGACGAAUUGCUCGCGGGCCUGUAAUGGUGGAACGCGAAUCCGUUACCGAUUUUGCGACAGUCCGUCUCCACUGUAUGGAGGAAAGGUUUGCGAAGGUGAAAGACUUCUAGAAGAACCUUGCAAUGAAGAACCUUGUCCCCAGGCUCACUCUUGCCGCCAUCUUCAAAUCCUUGGCAAAAAGCUCAACAAGGCAUUUGCGGACGACGUAUAUGAAAUAAACCCGGACGGCAAGGGCGUGGUCAAGACUAUAUGUGACAUGACACGUGAUGGCGGUGGGUGGACGCUAUUGGUUGCCAGUUAUACCAACAAAUGGACCAGACAGAACGUUUUACAAAAUAACGAGAUGGACCCAAAACUGAAGAACGAUUAUUCUAUUCUGUUUAAAGCGGACGAUAUCAAGAACAGCGGGAAUGUAAAAGGCUCGUCCUUUGAAUAUCGUUUAGAGGCAGACAGUCCAGGGAGAUGGGGCGGGAUUUGGAAAGCACCGCGCAGCUACAGCUUCGUUAAUACUGAUAACAGUCAGACUGGAGUGGAGCUUACCAAAAAGUUUGACAAAUGGGAAUAUAGCUGGUAUGGGCUGCAGAAGACAAUGCCUUGGUUAUACGGAGAGAGGCUGACUACAGCUGGAGAGCCAAAGAAUAGCGAAUUCGGCUCCAUUACUGCUUCUAUGAAGAAAUAUCACCCUGCUCCAUGGAUAUAUGGAAAAGAUAAGGAACAAUGUCCUACGUACAUCUGGUAUUGGAUGAGAGAAGGGGAAUACGGCCCACCGAGGUCUUGCAUGGAAGUCAAGACUCGUAGUAUUGGAAAGGAGGGAGUUUCAGAUGGCUUCUACAAUAUUCAGCCAGUGGACAAAGCCGUCUCAAGCUACUGUGAUAUGACUCGUAACGGAGGAGGCUGGACACUACUCCUUACCAGCGCUUCCCGUCAAGGGUGGAAUGCACAGAACAUUCUAGAUCGAAAUGGAAACAAACCAUCUCUAACAGAGGACUUCUCAAUUCUUGGACAGGCAGACAGUAUUCUUGGAAAAGAGAACUUCCAGUACCGAAUUGAGGCUGAUGGAGAUGACACGUCUGGGGGGAUCUGGGAAACAGUUCGAGGCUACUCUAUGAUGUCAUCUUCUGACGCACAAACAAACAUACGACUACUUAAAAAGUUUGGGACCUGGGACCAGACGUCAGCAAAUUUGAACAAGAGAGUUCCUCGUCUUGGAGUCAGCGGACAGCUUUUGUACACAACCGGCUCUGCGAGCGAUAAUUCUGGGACAAUCGUCUCCACUACUAACGGAGUGACUUAUAUAAAGAACGGAAAACCCAAACCUAAGAUAAUAAAAGUCUGGGUACGAGAGGGAACGAGACGGUCGUGCAAUCAAGUCAAGGUUUACGGCUCGCAACUGGGCAACGCGUAUGAUGACGGAGUCUACAUGAUAAAAGAAAAUGACCUGAACUUUUUGCCCGUCUUCUGCGAUAUGACGUCAGAUCCCGGAGCGUACACACUGCUAGUCACUAGUGCCUCGAACAACUGGAACGCCAAAGAUGUAACGUUUCGAAAUGUCGAGAAACCGUCGCUAGGCAACGAUUACUCGAUACUGGGUGUGGCAGACCAGAUAAGAGAUCUAAGUGCGGCCAAGUCGUUCAAGUAUCGACUGGAGGCUAAUUCGCGAGGAACCUGGGGCGGAAUAUGGGAAGCUCCAAUAGAUUACACGUUUUUAAAAACCGACAACACUCAAACCAACGUCAACCUCAUAAAAAAGUUCAGCAAAUGGCAAUACAGCGAUGACGGAGUUCAAAAGCGCAUGCCCUGGUUGGCCCGAACGUUUGGACUGCUGACCACCGCGACAGUGGGCGACUGGUAUCCUCGUGGUACUAUCAUAACAGACCGACCAGAGGGAAAGCCAGCUAGCUGGAUAUAUCCGGGAAUGUUUGAUCCAGGAGUUAUAUGGUAUUGGAUAAACGAAGAUGACUGCGAUCAGAACAGGACACCAGUGGAUGGCGGAGUAUCAGGCUGGGGUGAGUGGAGUCGUUGUGAUCAGAUCUGUAAACCAGGCACCAGGACCAGGCAGAAGAAAUGUGAUAAUCCCAAGCCAAAAUGUGGCGGCAAACAAUGCGAUCCAAAAAUACUCCAGAAAGAAACACAGGAGUGUAACUACUGUCCAGAAAGUCCCAUCCGAGCGGUUGACAAAUUUUGCGUACAACCUCAGCGAGCAAGCUGCCAGAUACCUGACGAGACAGCGUUGGUUUACAAAUCUCCCGCCGACUGUUCUAAGGAAUAUCAGAAGUUUAUUUACGACGAUGGUGUUCUGAUGCACAAGUGCAGUGGAAAAUAUGUUUGCCCAAGAGGUGGUCGAGUUGACUUUGGUGCGAACUUGGUUUUAAAUUCCAAUUGUGACCCAGAAAAUGCCAGAUUUGAAAGGACACCAGGGAAGUCACUCAUGCACUUACAGAGUGGCCUCUGUGUACAUGCCAAAGGAGGGAGACCUUCAGAUGGGGCCCCGCUUGUUUACUACGAAGGAUGUGACCAACCAAGGCUCAAGCUGGAUCUCUAUCAACUCCAGGCAUAGGUUAUGUGACGGUGUUUUGUUGCAAGUGUAUAGCCACCCAUGUCCCCCGCACUGAAGUUCCAACUUGAUCAUUGAGCACCUUAAUAAUCAAUCAAUCACACUGCAGGACGACAUUUGCUCCGGCAGGAAAUCGUGAGAAUGUCAAAGGGAACAUAGGAUUAUAUGAGUCGUACAGAUACUGGCGCGGCAAUUAAAAUAACUCUUUUAAAAUUACAUCAAUUAAAAUCAACCAUCAUCGAAAACGGUGGAAGAAACUAUUACAACAACCGUUUAAAGGAUUAGAUUUAAUGAUCCAUUUCUGUAGAAACAUGAAAACCAAUAGUGUUUCUUUCGUUGUUCGAACUUAACCCUCUUAUAAAGCUCUCCCUCCAUGCAAUUUAGCGGAAAAAAGAAUUCACUGGACGUACGGAUUAGGGUCUUUUGGGACAUUUUCGUACGGAUUGUUGGAAUGAAACUGAAAAAAGCCCUAAAUUACGGAAAGUUUGAUGCCAAACAAAAAUUGCGCGUUUAACGGUAAUCAGCUGAGUGAAGUUUGAAAACCUAUUGUACGUUUUCUAACCUUGUACUGAACAGAAUAACAUCAAAUCAUUGGAAACAAUAAAAUAACAAAAUAUUUUGUUUUUGAGUUUCUUUUUCCUCCCCAUGGGCACGACUAAUUCUUUCUCAACCGUCAGAAAUUAUAAUUUUUCUGACCUCGGUUUCUCGUCUCAAAGACGCCUGCCAUGGUCUUUUGAUGCCAGUUGAACGGUUCUUACUCACCAAUUAAAAUUAUACGAACUAUACGAAGAUAUAGGCAAAGUUCUACUAUCCAAUUCGUUAUCAUUCAACAUCCUCCGAUCCGGAUUUCACUAAGUCUUCCAUUGUCUGAAUACUCAAAUAUUAUAUCAACGGCAUGGAGUA